CAGGAGCUCUGUCCUCCAGGCAUGGAGCUGGCCCCCUUUGAUCCCCAGCCCUGGGGCCACACAAGGGUGCAGACUGCCUAGACACAACCACCUACAGCCUGUGCCAUGACGCUGACCCAGGCACAGAUGGCCCCUGCCACAGAUUCGAGGGAGAUGGUGUCCCCGGCUGUGGACCUGGUGCUGGGUGCCUCAGCCUGCUGCCUGGCCUGUGUAUUCACCAAUCCCCUGGAAGUGGUAAAGACCCGUCUACAACUGCAGGGGGAACUGCAGGCCCCAGGCACCUACCCACGGCCCUACCGGGGCUUUGUGUCUUCUGUUACGGCUGUUGCCCGGGCAGAUGGGCUGUGGGGCCUGCAGAAGGGGCUGGCCGCUGGCCUUCUCUACCAGGGCCUCAUGAAUGGUGUCCGUUUCUACUGCUACAGCCUGGCAUGCCAGGCUGGCCUCACCCAGCAACCGGGCGGCACUGUGGUCGCAGGUGCUGUGGCCGGGGCAUUGGGAGCCUUUGUGGGGAGUCCUGCUUACCUGGUCAAGACACAGCUGCAGGCCCAGACAGGGGCUGCUGUGGCCGUGGGACAUCAGCACCAACAUCAGGGUGUCCUGAGUGCCCUGGAGACCAUCUGGCGCCAACAGGGCAUGCUGGGGCUGUGGCGGGGUGUGGGUGCGGCUGUGCCCCGAGUCACAGUGGGUUCAGCUGCCCAGCUGGCCACCUUUACCUCUGCCAAGGCAUGGGUACAGGAUCAACAGUGGUUUCUGGAGGACAGCUGGCUGGCGACCCUGGCUGGAGGCAUGAUCAGCAGUAUAGCCGUGGUCGCAGUCAUGGCUCCCUUCGAUGUCGUCAGCACCCGGCUCUACAAUCAGCCGGUGGACAGAGCCGGCAGGGGCCAGCUGUACGGGGGCCUCACCGAUUGCCUGGUGAAGACCUGCCAACAGGAGGGACCCCUGGCGCUCUACAAGGGCGUAGGCCCUGCCUAUCUGCGCUUGGGCCCCCACACCAUCCUCAGCAUGUUCUUCUGGGAUGAGCUACGGAAACUGGCCUUGAGGGCCCAGCACCCGGGCACCUAAACUUGUCCCUCACGCCCGCGGCAAGCCUGACAUCUGGUGGAAGUGAUGACCAGUAGGACUGACUGGCCAGAGCCAGCUUGAGUCAGGCCCUGGAGAGCACAGAGGCCACUGCAUGUGAGGAGACCCAUGGUUGUGCCACGAGGGAGUCCUUGGUGUCCCCAGAGUCUGGUGGGCCAAGGCCAGUUAUCAAACCAAGUUCUGAUGCCCUGACGGCUUAUCAAAAAGAAAACCUGUUUUCCUACCUUCUGAACCGGAAGCCCAAGGUGGUGUUGGCAGUGUUAGCGUCUCUCUUUCCUUUUCUUUCAGUUAUUUGUGGUGUGGUGGUGGAGCCAGGGCCUAGGCAUGUCAGUCACAUGAUCUGCCAGUGGUCUACACCCCCAGCCCAAGGCUGAUUUCUUGAGGCCUCCUCUCUCCUUGACUUUAAAAUAAGCAGUUUCCUCCGGUCUUCUCUGACUCAGAGUCAAAUCAGCCUUCCUUAGGCUGGGGGCAUAGAUCAGUCUGCAGACUGCCCACCCGCUGCCCAUCCGCUGCUCUCGAGGUUCUGGGUUCCAUCCCCAGCACCGAAGGAACUGGGCAUGAUGGCACAUGCUUGUCAUCUCGGCCCUGGGGAAGUAGAGGCAGGAGGAUCGAGUUCAAAAUCAUCCUCAGCUCCAUGGUGAGUUUGAGGUCAGCCUGGAUUCCACGAGAGCCAGAGAGGGAAGAGAGGGAGUUAGGGAGGGAGAGAGGAGACAGGGAGACAGAAGGACCCUGUUAUGUUGGCUAAGACCCACACAGCAACUGCAUAUUACAGAGGAAGCUACCAGGGUCUCCUCUCUGCAGUCACCUCCUGAGGGACUGGAUUAGGGCUUCAGUCUUGGAGUUUAGGCUUCCUGUUUGUGUACAUCCAGAGCAGCUCAGGCCUAGAGAAGAGGGUGCCUGUCCACGUGGGUCCCAGGGCAGAGCCAUUGCAGGGCCAACGACAGCCUCUGGACCCUCUCUCCAGUCUGCAGCCGCACUCCACCACAGGUACAGGUGUGUACGGCACCCGGUAGCCUUUCCACUGUGGAAGCGGACACACCUACUCUUUCUUGGUCAGGCAGCUUCAACCACCUUCCCCAACCACAUCCUAAGUGGGAAAAACUACUCCGGAUGGACACUCCAAUAAAGUUUUAUAGUUUGUAUACUUU